AUGUUUUAUUUUUAUAAUUUCAAUCAAGUACGUCAAGUUACACUUGGUGCUUAUCUACGGAGAAUGGGCCGCAGAAACCGCAAUGUUAAUAAAUUCGCUCAACGCAAGCGAGAGCGGCGAGAACAGGAAAAAAAUCCACAAGAGAAGCCUGUUGGUGACACACGUAAGCACUAUGAGGAGAUAGUCCGGGAAAAUGCUGCUUUUGAAGAGUAUUAUAAAACUCAAAAAGUGUGUCCUGAAGAAGAAUGGUCUACUUUUAUGAAAACCCUCAAAGAGAACUUGCCGACAGCGUUCCGCAUCACAGGUUCUAAAUGUGAGGCUGCUGCUUUAAUGAAUAUUGUGAAAAGUGAAUAUUUCUCAGAGAUAUUAAACAUGAAAUUACAAGUGGAUGGGCAAAAUGAAGAAGAGGAAAUCAAACCAAUAAAUCUGCCAUGGUAUCCAGGAGGGCUAGCAUGGCAACUCCGCCUGUCCCGCAUGGACAUCCGUCGCAGCGAACCUCUGUACAAGCUCCACAACUUCUUGGUGGCAGAGACCGCAGCUGGUGGAGUGUCGCGGCAGGAAACAGUGUCUAUGAUACCCCCUGUGGUGCUUGAUGUACAACCUCAUCAUAAGGUGCUAGACAUGUGUGCAGCUCCCGGUUCGAAAACAGCUCAGCUAAUAGAAUUUCUUCAUGCUGAUGAAGACAAAACUCCAACGGGUUUUGUGAUGGCCAACGACGUUGACAACAGCCGCUGCUACAUGUUGGUACAUCAAGCCAAACGGCUUAAUUCGCCCUGCAUCCUCAUCACCAACCACGACUCUGCUGUUAUGCCAUCACUCGUCAUAAAUGAUGAACAGAAUCCGGGCAGUACGAAGCCACUUAAAUUCGACCGCAUUCUUUGCGACGUGCCGUGCUCGGGCGAUGCGACAUUACGCAAGAAUCCGGAUAUUUGGCUGAAAUGGUCCACUGGCAACGGAAACAAUCUACACGGAAUCCAAUAUCGCGUGCUACGACGGGGUUGUGAGCUGCUAGCCGAGGGCGGUAGACUAGUAUACUCCACAUGCUCCUUCAACCCGGUGGAGAACGAAGCUGUAGUGCACAGACUGCUGCAGGAGACUGGAGAUGCUGUGAAACUGGUUGACGCUGCGCCUAUGUUGCCGGGACUUAAGUUUCACAAAGGUAUGACAUAUUGGCGACCCGCGUCCAAGGACAUGGUGUUCUACGACGAGUAUGAAGACGUGCCCGAGAAAUGGCAGACCGUUGUACGACCGCAAAUGUUCCCGCCAAAGACGGAAGACUUGCAUAAGUACAACUUAGACAAAUGCAUUAGAAUUCUACCACACCAUCAAGACACCGGUGGGUUCUUCGUAGCAGUCUUCGAAAAAGUCUCAUCACUGCCUUGGGAGAAAGAAGAGAAGCCUCAACCACAAACAGAAGGAACCGAGAACAAAGCAGACGAUAAAAAGGAACCGCCGAAAAAGAAGAGAAGAAUGGGUGGCUUCAGAGAAGACCCGUUUGUGUUCUUCUCCGGUGAUAGCGAAGAUGUGUUCCCUUCUAUUAAAGAGUAUUAUGAAUUGAACCCAGAUUUUGAUUCCACUUGCCUUCUUACAAGAUGCCACGUGGGUAAGAAGAAGAAUAUCUAUCUGGUAUCGCCCGUGGUCAAAGACGUGGUACAAAGAAAUGAAAACAGUAUAAAGAUAAUCAAUACUGGUGUAAAAACGUUCGUGAGAUGCGACAAUAAGAAUAUGACAUGCCCGUUCAGAUUGUCACAAGAAGGUCUGCAAAGCGUAUUACGUUGUAUAGGCCCUAAGAGACGCGUGCGCAUCCUCAAGCAAGACUUGAUCACGGUACUACAAAACGACAACCCAAGCAACCCGCCAGACCUGAAGGUCUUUUCGGAACACACGCAGAAUCUGGUCAAGGACCUUGCGACGGGUAGCUGCGUACUAGAGUACCAAGACCUGGAAUCGAACCUGCAGCUGACGCUAGUCGGGUGGCGAGGCGUGCACUCGCUGCGAGCUUACACCGCCACCCCCGACACCGUGCACUAUCUGAGGCUAUUGGGGGCCGAUUACAGCAAAUAUGAUGUUAAUAAAUUCAAGAAAGCCUCCGAAGUGCCUGAUACCGAAGCAGAUUCCGGCGUUGUGACCGAAACUGCCGAUGCUACCGAACCCGCAGAAAAGAACGGAACGACGGAGAGCGAAGCACAAAGUACCAGUAGCUAGUAUUCAUAUAUUUUAUUAGUACGACUAAAGACAUUAAGAAAGAAUCAUCACGAAAUGUCCGAAAUAGGUACUUAUUUUUAUUGUCAUUGUCAUACUAUUUCAUUUCCGAUUUUAAAGAAUAUAAGCUUAAUAAAUGACCCCGAGAUAUCUUAAAUAUGAUAUGCCGCCACUUCUUGGCUAUUCGUAUUUGCUAUUUGUAAACUUGGCAACAUUCUGACCUUACUCCUUAUCACUCUUUAAUAGGAAUGAAAAGUACAGAAUGAUAUCAUUUUGACAAAUAGCAAACACAAAUAGCCAAAUGAAGUGCUGGCAUAAAA